UAUAUUUUAUGUCAGUGUUUUAGAUUAUUAAAGAAAACGUGUGGUUUUUGAUGUGUUAACCUAAGUUUACGUGGUCGAUCAAAAAUGUCGUCUGCGACCUACCUAAAGAUUUUCUUUUGACAUUAUUUUUAAAUUGUCUAUUUUUGAAUUUCGUUCGUAUUAAUUCGGCGUCGAAUUUUAUUUUCUUUUUUUGAGAGUGUUUUGUUUUUAUGUCGUGUUCAUUUUUUUUGCCUUGUGAUUCGAAACUGAAGUGGCAGCGUUAAAAAUUAUAAUUUGUUCGUAAUCAUAUUUUGGUGGUCUACGAUUGGGGAUACGGCAUAAAUGCCAUCAUAACUUCGUAGAAGAUGGACACCAGCAGAGUCAUAAUGAUGGACAGCAAUUUGAAGACUCACCAUAAUUACUCUUAAUCAGCGAGUGAGAGCGCUGAGCGAGCAAGAGAGCGCGAUGCAUCCAGCCAGUAGGUGACGCUGUCGUCUUCACCCGCGGAACAUGUCAUGGGACUCCAUAGAGUCGCGCGACUUCCUAGGCGGGGUGCCGGCUCACCAGCUGUCGGCGACACGUCUGCUGAGCUCACCUGAUCCAUCCAGACACCAUCUCGAUGAGCCUCAAGAAGUAUACCCUUUCUCCGAGGACUUCCGCAGCGGUGCGGCCGGCGGCGCCGGGUCCGUUCGUAACGGCACGUUGCGGUGGGGCUCCCGGUUCGGACCGGCGCACCGGCCGCCGGCUGCCGGACUACUCGACUGCUUCAGAGCUUGCAGGUCUAGACUGGACCAGUAUUUGGCGAGGAGGAAGAUCGAGCGUGGAGUCCGUCUAUACGGGCAGAACGAGCAGAGGCUGGCAGUGAAGGUCUGGCUCUCCGCCCUCCGAGGAGUGAGGCAUCGGAGUGACAAGUUCGCAUUGUUGGGACAUCUGUACCAGGCGUACAUGGACUUUGGGAAGUACAGAGAAUCACUGGAGUUUGCGAACCGUCAGCUCGGUAUAUCUGAAGAGUUGGACUCCGCUCCGAUGAGGGCUGAGGCCUAUCUGAACCUGGCCAGAGCUCAUCAGACCCUGGGUGGACUUGACAGAGCCCUCUCGUACGCUCGCCAGGCUCUGUACAACGACUGCGGCGGCGGUUCCACGGCUGGUUGCGUGCAUCUCACUGUAGCCGCUGUUAGUCUGGAACUGGGAGCGUUCUCUAAAGCUAUGGACGCCUUCCAGAAAGCUCUGGCUGUUGCCCAGGCGCAGAAUGAUAAUACACUGUUACUUCAGGUAUACGUAGGUCUCUCAGAGCUCUGGCGUCGUCUCCGCGACGCCGAGCGUGCAGUAGCGUGCGCGGCGCGCGCGUGCGACCUCGGCCGCGGUCCGCGCGCUACUGACCUAAACACGCGACACCACCGCACUGCGUUGUUGCAAAUGGCCGCCGCGCUCAGAGCUAGGGGGGAGCUUGGAGAUGCGCAUGAUUAUUGUAAUGAGGCAUUACGGCUAGCAGCAGUAGCAGGAGAUCAAGGAUGCUAUGCGCGCGCUGUACGCAUCGCAGGCGAUGUCUACCGGAGGAAAUGUGACAUCGGGAAAGCAUUAAGACACUACGAAGUAGCAAUGGGUGCUGGCCAGGCACUGGGCGACCGGCUCGCUCAGAUGGAGGCAAUGGACGGCGCUGCGCGAUGUCUAGAGGCGCUGAGACUACAGGGCCGGAUCUGUAACUGUAGACCACUGGAGUUUAAUACUAGACUGCUUGAAGUUGCUACUUCUGUUGGGGCUAAGAUGCUAGUCCGUCGCGUCCGCCUCCGUCUAGCGGAGAUAUACACGGGACUGGGCGACAACGAGGCGGCCGCCAGACAACGUCGCGCCGCCGCGGCCUGGGCCGCGCCCGCCUGCGCUAGGUGUCGGGAGCCCUUGGCGGAGCGAGCCGAGCCACUAGCGUCACUGCCUUGCGCCCAUAUCGUGCAUCAUGCCUGCAUGCCAGAGUCGUGGUCCCGCCGCUCGACCCGCAGCCAGUCGGGUGCGGGCGUGGAGUGCGCCGAGUGCGCCUCCCCCCGCGCCCCCCGCGCGCCGCCCCCCGCCCCGCCCGCGCCGCGGACCCUGCCUGCCCAGGACUUCCCGUUCGGUACACCGCCAACGCUCCGCGAAUCAGACCUGAACUCCAUCAUAUCUGACCAUAGCAGUCAACAGGCCACUUCCAGCGUUUAA